AUGAUGCUGAAAAAACUGAAACCUUCAUCCUUAGCAGCUGAUCAGCUCCCCAAUGAGUAUCUAAAACUUUCAGCAGAUGCCAUAGCUCUGCCUAUCUCCAGUCUGGAAGAUGUUUUUAAUUUGGAAAAAUACAUUAAACAACAAUUUGCAGAAUUGCACCAGUUUCUCCUAGACAAGGAACAACAACUCAUCCAGCAGCUGAAGACUGACGAAGCAAAUACUCUAAAAUGGAUGGAAGGAAAUCUCAAAUGCAAAGAGAUUGUUACCUACCUAGUGAUGGACUCCAAUGGCAACUUGGAGCUCAAGAUUAAAGAAGAGGACAGCCUGAAAAUAAUGGAAGAAAAUGUUAAAUCUGUUGAAAAUGAUGCUGUGGCCAUUAAGGGCAUUAGUCACAGCAACAUGGAGAUCAGACAACCGGAACCUGUUGGUUUGCUAACAGAUGAUGUUUUUAAUUUGGAGAAAUACAUUAAACAAGAAUUUGCAGAAUUGCACCAGUUUCUCCUAGACAAGGAAGAACAACUCAUCCAGCAGCUGAAGAAUGAUGAAGCAAAUACUCUAAAAUGGAUGGAAGGAAAUCUCGAGUGCAUUAAACAAGAGAUCGUUACCUACCUUGUGACAGACUCCGAUGGCAACUUGGAGGACAAGAUUAAAGAAGAGGACAGCCUGAAAAUAAUGGAAGAAAAUGUUAAAUCUGUUGAAGCUGAUGCUAUGGCCAUUAAGGGCAUUAGUCACAGCAACAUGGAGAUCAGACAACCGGAACCUGUUGGCUUGCUAACAGUACCAGAAACCUUUGAAGAUGUCACUGUUACUUUCACAGAAGAGGAGUGGAAGUUGUUAAGGAAACAAGAUAAGGAGCUGUACAGACACGUGAUGGUACAGAACUACGAAACCUGUGUUUCGGUUGGGUUAGACGAUUUAGAUAAAAGAUUUAAGGAACGUGGCUACACUAACCUGGAUGUUAGCACAGGGAUGGAAGCCAUCACCACACUUAGAGGAGAUCGGGCAAUGCCAUAUUUUUCUGAAGGUGCUUUGAGGUUCUAUUCAGAUUAUGGCAUUGCAACAUCAUCACCAGAUAACAUCACAUCUGGGAAUGAGGUCAUUUUUCCCAUGUAUUAUACCAAGGACUGUCAUUCAGUGCUUCUUCUAUACCAGGUGUUUGAGAUUAUUGCUCUUUCAAAGUCUCAUGAAUCUGUUCCAUCUGCUUAG